AUGAUGGCCGUGGAAGGCCGGCCGGCGAGUGCCGGACCCGACCCGCGUAGAUCCCCCCCACAGGACAGGAGAGCGAUGAGCGAGCCGGAACCCAGGACUCUGGCUGCCCGCAAAGCCUACCCGGACUCUGAUGAUGCGCCCCUAGACUUGACUGUGCAUACGCGUAAAGAGAUUACCGUUCGCGAGUUCGCAAGACAUUCGUUCGCUGAUCCCACGGACUAUGUGCGCGCCCAGGCGAUAUUACGCCAAUCGCGGGAGUACUUGGCCGCCGGACGGGACUCCGGGACCGACUCGGAUGACUCCGCAGGCAGACUCAGCCCCGGGGACGACCCCACGUCGGGGAAAGCGUACAAGAAGUCACUCAUGAAGAGAUACAUGGACGGCGAGCCCGCUGGGCUACCGCUAGGUGCAAGGGGCUCUCUGGGUAGAGCGUUAUUACACGGCCUGCUUGCGCCUGCGUCGACGCCGAGACACCAUUUAUAUACCGCGCCCAAUACAGGGUCCCUCCCUCCAUCGCCAGCGGAUAGUGGGGUAUCAGACGUAGAAUCUUCGUCAUCAGGCGCCGGCGCAGAAGAGCUGAAGGCGCGACUCCAGCCUCCGCCCCCGGCGCCCUUCCACACGCCCUUCCUUCCCUUCUACCAGCAGCACCAGAUAACCAGCUCGCUGCAACACCACGUCGCACACCCAAGACCCCCCAGUGUAUCUGUCGGCGAAAGAGACCCCUACGGCUACGGCUACGGGGGCGGAGGAGGGCACCACUUCGCUGCGCCGGCGCCGCCCCCCCUUCCGCACGAUGACCUCCCCUACUCGGUGUUCGACUUCGGCGACUACCAGCGACACCACCAUCACAACAAACUGAAGCCGAAGAAGAGGCCCCGCACCGACGCGCCCCCCACGCCCGGCGUCAAGCGCAAGAGCCGCGAGGGUUCCACCACUUACCUCUGGGAGUUCCUGCUUAAGCUGCUGCAGGACCGAGAGUACUGCCCGCGAUACAUCAAGUGGACGAACCGCGAGAAAGGGGUGUUUAAGUUGGUGGACUCGAAGGCGGUGUCUCGACUGUGGGGCCUGCACAAGAACAAGCCGGACAUGAACUACGAGACGAUGGGGCGGGCGCUGCGCUAUUACUACCAGCGCGGCAUCCUGGCCAAGGUGGACGGGCAGCGCCUCGUCUACCAGUUCGUGGACGUGCCCAAAGACAUCGUCGAGAUCGAUUGCUCGCUCGCGUGA